UCUCAAUUCAUUAAAAGACCCAGUCCAUUCCCAAAGCAAGUUACUCAUCAACUCUACUGCUCUGAAAGUCUCUACAUAGAACCAAGCAUAGACGACCUCCAACAUCCACAAUGGCGAAAGAUUACGGUGUAAUUGGUCUGGGUAUCAUCGGGUACGGCAUGGCCAGCAACCUGCGCAAGAAGCUGCCAGCCUCCGAAACCCUCUAUGUGUUCGAUAUCAACCAAGACAUCAUUCAGCGCUUAAUCAAAGAGUUUGGGCACUAUGGCAAGAUCGAAGUCGCGUCCUCGGCGAAGGAGCUCGCUUCUAAGGUUGGAACGUUGCUGUCAAGUCUGCCUGCAGGCCCCCAUGUAAGGAAUGUCUAUCUGGACCCAGAAAACGGUGUGAUUGCGGCCACCAAAGACUCAGAUCGACUCUUAAUAGAAUGCAGUACUAUUGAGAUUGAAUCCACCCAGGAACUGGGAAAGACAAUCAUGGAUGCCGGAUUAGGUACGUUUGUUGAUGCCACGGUCUCUGGUGGAAUGUGGGGCGCAAACGCAGGAACCUUGUCCUUCAUGGUUGGUUAUGCAAAGCCCACAGAAACCGAUGUUAUGGGGAACCGUGUCUUUGAGACAUUGUCACUUGUCGGGGUGCCAGACACGAUCACAUUCUGUGGUGGGCUUGGUAUGGGACAGGUUGCCAAAAUUGCCCAUAACUAUAUCACUCUAGCGAAUAACCUGGUUGCUACUGAGGGUAUGGCCAUUGGCCUGAAGUAUGGAAUCGAUAAAGAUGCCCUCUUCAAAUGCAUUAGAGAAGGUACUGCAAACUCGUGGGUCAUGGGUCUGGAGCAACCAGUUCCUGGCCUGGUACCUGAGGCUCCAUCCAGCAACAACUACAAGAGGGCAUUUGCCCCUGCGCUAAGUGUGAAAGAUCUCACUAUCGGCAUCGCUGCCGCAAAGAAAGUAGGAAUCAAUCCAACUGCAGGUGAAGCGGCUAUCACAGCUUUCCGAAAGGUCGAUGCCGAUCCCCGUACACAUGACCUUGACCAUACUUCUCUGUGGCUUCAUGUUUAUGGUAACUUGGAUGAGUGGGCGAAGGAACACGCUUAG